AUGCCUGUGCCCCAGAGUGAUUCCGAGUCCUCACCAAACUUGGCAACGUCAACUCACACUUCACAAACAUCGCCUCUCUCCCUUCCUUCUUCUACCUCGCCGUCAUCUUCCCCUCCGUCAUCAUCCGGCUCGACCAAUCUUGGAGCCAUCAUUGGCGGAGCGGUUGGAGGGUUUACAGCUAUUUCUCUAGUGGCCCUCGCAAUAUUUUGGAUCAUGCGACAGUCGCGGAACAAGAACAACGGUAAAUCAAUACAAGAUGACGGUGUGGAACAUAAUGGUGGAGAACCUGGGACACAGGUCGAUUGGAGAAGCUCUACAACGACGGCGUUCACCUGGCCCAGUUCAGCCUCACCACAAACUGGAACGGGUCAACCAACAUCGCCAAGUGCACUGAGUGAGACAUCCCAAGGGAUACUGACACCUAUGAGGCCACGAAUGACGCACGAGAUGAGCGGGGAAUCUGUUCAGCCGCAGGCGCAUGAAUUGGAGCACAACAGAAUAUACGAGAUGGGCAGUGGUUCCAAUGAACGUUGA